AUGUCUUCUUACGUUCACACUUCUUUCCCCAUUGAGAUGGAGGUUGACAGUCCCACCACCUCUGAUCUCUCUGGUCCUCUUCUCUCCUCUUUCUCUUCUCUCUCCCUCGGUGUUCCUACUCCUCAGGCUUAUCCUGUGGAGAUGGAUGUCGAUGAUUUCUCUCUUCAGGCUGCUCGACAGGCUUUCGCGGAUUACAAGAAGAGCAAGCGCUCCUCUUCUAACCGCAAAAAUCCAUUUCUUACUCCUCUCUCCUCCUCCUCCUCCUCCUCUUCUUCUUCUUCUCUCUCUCAGGACCGCCCGAAGAAUCCCUUUGCUGGUGAGUCCGCUCGCGCUAAGCGCGAUGACUCUCGCAAGAAUCCCUUCGCUGUUGUGGAAUCCUCUCGCGCUAAGCCUGAUGGAAUUCGCAAGCGUCGGGGUGGUGGUAAGGGUAGAGCUAAGGAUCAGCAACAGCCCAAAGGUAACGGACAGCGCGGAUCUCGAAAGACUUCUGGUCAGCAUCAGUCUUCCAAGCCUGCUCGCAGGCCUAGACAGAAGCGCAAUCAGAAGUCCAAGAGAAACGAUCAGUCUGUCAAUCCCUUUGCGCAAGGUGCUAAUCCUGUCCCUCAACCCAAACCCCAAAAUCCCUUCUCUAAGGGCGGUACUUACAAUCCUUAA